GGCUGCGUUCUCCCCUUUGCACAGAAGUCGCGCUCGGGCAGCCCGCGCGCUCGCAGCAGGACCAGGCUCCAGGCGCUGGCGCCGGGGCUGCGGGGAGGAGGCGCCUUCGCUCCCUGCGGCGGUCGCGGCCCGGGCGCCCCAGCCUCCUCGGCCCUGAGAGCGGGCGGCGGCGGCGGCCUCCCGGCGAGGAGUGACCAAGACGACUUGAAAAUGUCCUCAAAUGCCCACUUGACAUUUUCAACAUCUCUGCUGGGUGUAACGCGGAAGCCGCACAGCUUGCAGAGGCCACCUGGCAACCUUCUUCAGGAAUCCUGCCUGGGCCUGAUCGGACAGCCGGAGAAGAGGCCCCGCGAUUGAUGAGUCAGACUCGGGAGUCGGUGCCAAGGUGAAGCCCCAGACCAACAUGGGUCAGAAGGUCACCGGAGGGAUCAAGACCGUGGACAUGAGGGACCCCACAUACCGGCCCUUGAAGCAGGAGCUGCAGAGCCUGGAUUACUGCAAGCCCACCCGCCUGGACCUGCUGCUGGACAUGCCCCCCGUGGCCUACGACGUCCAGCUGCGCCACUCCUGGAACAACAAUGACCGCUCACUCAACGUCUUUGUGAAAGAGGAUGACAAGCUGAUCUUUCACCGGCAUCCGGUGGCCCAGAGCACAGACGCCAUCAGAGGGAAAGUGGGGUACACACGUGGGCUGCACGUGUGGCAGAUCACGUGGGCCAUGAGGCAGCGGGGCACGCACGCAGUCGUGGGGGUGGCGACGGCAGAUGCCCCCCUGCACUCCGUCGGGUACACGACCCUCGUGGGGAACAACCAUGAAUCCUGGGGCUGGGACUUGGGGCGCAACCGGCUUUACCACGAUGGCAAAAACCAGCCGAGCAAAUCGUACCCGGCCUUUCUGGAGCCGGAUGAGACGUUCAUUGUGCCCGAUUCCUUCCUGGUGGCCCUGGACAUGGAUGACGGGACUCUGAGCUUCAUUGUGGAUGGACAGUACAUGGGAGUGGCUUUUCGGGGACUCAAGGGCAAAAAACUGUAUCCUGUAGUGAGUGCCGUCUGGGGCCACUGUGAGAUCCGCAUGCGCUACUUGAAUGGACUUGACCCCGAACCCCUGCCCCUCAUGGAUCUCUGCCGCCGCUCCGUGCGCCUGGCCCUGGGGAAGGAGCGCCUGGGUGAGAUCCCAGCUCUGCCGCUGCCCGCCUCCCUCAAGGCCUACCUCCUCUACCAGUGACACUCCACCCAGAUCGCCAGCGUGACUGCUGCCUGACGCCACGCGGCCGAACUGCUGCCGCAUGUGCGCCUUGGACCGGCAUCUGGGCCGUGGGAGGAAGCCCCCGCUCCUCCCUCCUCCCCCGCUGCCUCUGCCGGACGCAGACAGCGCUCGGCACAGGCCCCCCCUGCGUGUCGGAUCACGGCCCCUUCUUGGAAAAAGACACAUAGGAUAAACUCUGAGGAGGCCGUGCCCUGAGCUCUGAUCUGCCCUUGGGGCGGCACGGGGUGCGCCCCCACCUGCCAGGUCCCAGGGUAGGGUGGCCAGCAGGAGGUGUGAUCCCAGGGGUUUUAAGAGGUGCUUCCAGUGAGGGCUUGUGCCAAGACCGGCGGGGCCAGGCAAUGGGGACCGAAGCUCAGGACAUCAGAAACUUACCAUGGACCCCGAGGCAGAAACCCAGACUGGACUUUCACAGGCACAUGAGCUCCCAGCUUCAGUCCUGGCUGUCAGUGCCCCCAUACCCUGUAUUUAUUCUUUUACAAUAACAAAAGCCAUUUAUUUAUUCCAUUUAGAAAGGAAACCUUGUUUGGGGCACCCCUCUCUGGAGUGUCCUGUCGCUUUGCUUCCACCUGCCCCUCCCUGGGAUGUGUGUGCCUCCCCUGUCCGUCUCGCUGGGCCAUGUCUGUGGUGUGUCCCCACAUGGGCACAAGGGUGUCUUUGUUUGAGUUCCUUAACCUACUGUUUCCAGGGGGGUUUUCUCCAGGGUCCUAGCGGGCCCAUCAGGGAGCAUUAGCCUCACGUGCAAUAGGAGAGUCUUGGGGCACCCAUCUGCACAGGCUGCAGCUGCUCCCCGUGUCUUCAAAUAGCCACUUACCACUUGGGCUCACCCUUCUUUGCAGUGGUUUUAUUUCUUCCUCAGAAACCCUAGCUUCCCAGAGGACCACCUGAACCAAGAAACGAGGAUGAGAAGCCAGGGCAGGGCCGGUUGGGGCCGCCAGAGUAGAGUCACGCCCCAUGGAAGCCAGCUCAGGUCUCUGCUGAGCGCCCCUGUCUGGGCCCUGGACCCGCAUGGAGCAGCCCCAGUACGUCACAGCCCCAGAGCCAUGCACGGGGCAGGGCGAGCUGGGGCAGCCCGCGGAAGGGGACCACCCCUUCCCUGCCACAGCCUCCCAUGUAGCAGACCUACCACCACAUUCACCGUGUAUUUUAUCUUGAAGUCAGCACUCUCAGACUCUGACUUCUCUUCAUUUCUGUACAGGUACAAUAGAUGACUUUAUUUGUUUAAAAUGUUUAAUAUAUAUACAUAUAUAUUUGUAAGAAUUAUGUUUUAAACAGCUGCUGUAGGGUACCUUUUUAUUAAAAAAAAAUACGUCUUUUCAGUGGAAUAUAUUUUUAAAGCACAAAAUUGGUGCCAAGUCUGGGUGAGGAAUGUAAAUUACCCUCUUAUUAGAUUGAAUCUUUUUUUCCAGAGGGGAGGAAACCUUACCUGUAAGACUUUUAGAGACAUGCCUCACUCCGGAUUCGGGGUGGGUCAUGUUCUGAUGAAUGUUGCACAUGAGUGAGUCUCACCCAGGUCCCACCGUGUCGCUUUGACCCAGCCGUCUUCGCCCCGGACGCUGGAUGAAUUGCCAGGCUGUCGUCUCUGCACCUCCCUCCCCCAGCUACCCAAACCUCAAACCCGCCCUGCUUUCCUCUCUGCCCAGAACCUUGUGGCCUGUACAGUUUUGAAACUCCAGUUCUAUUUUAUGAUAGUUGAUAAUAGUAACCUAAUAAAGAAAAUAUAUUAAAACACAAAA